AUGGGUUGCGCACAAUCGAAAAUAGACAACGAGGAAUCGGUGGCUCGAUGCAAGGACCGCAAGAACUUGAUGAAGGAAGCGGUGGUUGCUCGCAACGCCUUCGCCGCCGGCCAUUCCGGCUACGCCAUGGCUCUUAAGAACACCGGUUCCGCCCUCAGUGACUACGGCCACGGCGAAACCCACCACGACCUCGAACUCCACCCGCCACCUCUCGACACAUCUUCCAACCCGCCGCCUCCACCUCCUCCGCCCAUGGAUGACAGCCUCCCGCCGCCGCCGCCGCUUCCGAAUUUCUCCCCCAGUCCCAGUCCGCUCAAGCGCGCCGUCACCAUGCCCACCGUCGCCAUGCAGCACCAGAAGCCCGGAACGGUCGCCAUUGCCGAAGAGGAAGAAGAAGAAGAAGAAGGUCUGAAGACAGAUGAAGGGAAGACGCUGAAGAAGGGUGCCGGAGAAGUCGGAUCGAGAGGUGCGGCGCCUUCUCCGCCGCGAACGCCGGAGAUGAAGUCGGUGCCGCCUAUGCCGGAAUCGAAAGGCAUGGCUUGGGAUUAUUUCUUCAUGGUGGAGAACAUGCCAGGACCUUCUUUGAGUGAGGAAGAUGAGAUUGAGGGUGGGAAUGAGAAUGAGGAAGGUGAAGGUGAUAAUGUUGACGGUGAUGGAGGUCAUGAUGAGGUGGAGGAGCCUAAAACACCUGAGAAGGUUAUGGAAAAUGUGCAAGAGCUAGAUGAGAUAACGGAGGCAAAGCAUAUUGAACAUUCAAAGACAGCACCUGCUGAGUUUAGAAGAGCAAUUAAGGUUGUUCCGAGUGUUACUCUGAUGCAGAUUCUCACUUUCCUUGAUGAUCAUUUUUUGAAGGCUUCAGAGAGUGCACAAGAAGUUACCAAGAUGCUUGAGGCCACUAGGUUGCAUUAUCAUUCCAAUUUCGCUGAUAAUCGGGGUCACAUUGAUCAUUCUGCUAGGGUUAUGCGCGUGAUAACGUGGAAUAGGUCCUUCAGAGGUGUGUCCAAUGGGGAUGGGGCAAAAGAUGAUUUUGAUUCUGAAGAAUAUGAAACCCAUGCCACUGUUUUGGACAAGUUGUUAGCGUGGGAAAAGAAACUUUAUGAAGAGGUGAAGCAAGGUGAGCUUAUGAAGUUUGAAUAUCAGAGAAAAGUUGCAAUUCUGAACAAACAGAAGAAGCGUGGUGCCAGUGCUGAAUCAUUAGAAAAAACUAAAGCAGCCGUAAGUCAUUUACAUACAAGAUAUAUUGUCGAUAUGCAGUCGAUGGAUUCAACAGUUUCAGAAGUGAACCAUAUUCGUGAUGACCAGUUGUAUCCUAAACUUGUUGCUCUUGUUAAUGAGAUGGCCAGUAUGUGGGAAAAUAUGAGCAUACAUCAUGACAGCCAGCUGAAAAUCGUUACGGACCUCAAAUCUCUUGAUAUUUCUCAAGCUCCUAAGGAAACAACCAAGCAUCAUUAUGAACGCACUGUGCAACUUUGGAAUGUUGUCCAAGAAUGGCAUUCACAAUUUGAGAAGCUUGUGACUCAACAGAAACAGUACAUCAAAGCUCUUAAUAGCUGGCUAAAGUUAAAUCUCAUACCUAUUGAAAGCAGCCUAAAAGAGAAAAUCUCAUCCCCACCAAAAGCCCAGAAUCCACCAAUCCAAACACUUCUCCAUGGUUGGCAUGAUUAUGUUGACAAGCUUCCUGAUGAGCUUGCAAAAUCUGCUAUUUCCUCGUUUGCUGCUGUGAUAAAGACGAUCAUACUUCAGCAAGAGGAAGAAAUGAAGUUAAAGGAGAAAUGUGAGGAAACAGGAAAGGAAUACUUGAGGAAAAAACAAGCAUUUGAGGAAUGGUACCAGAAGCAUUUACUACGGAGGGGCCCUGAUGAAGCAGAUCAUGAAAGAGGAGAGGAAGUAAAUACAAACAAUCCUGUCGCUGAGAAGCAGUUUGUUGUUGAGAGCUUGAAGAAGAGACUGGACGAGGAACGCGAAUCUCACGAAAAACUUUGCAUUCAGGUGCGAGAGAAGUCACUGCAGAGUCUCAGAACUCGCCUGCCUGAGCUCUUCCGUACAUUAACAGACUAUGCUCAUGCCUGUGCUGAUGCUUAUGAAAAACUGAAGUCUAUCACACAGUCCAGAGGUGGUGCGGCAUGA